AUCAUAAUUGGAUCAUCACUAGUUUGACGAGUCACAGUCGCUGGAAGGCUAGCGAUCGUCAGUCGGGUUUAUAUGGGUGUUUAGUUUCUCAUAACUCAGUACUUGAAAUCCGAAACUGAUAAAGGUUUGUGGCGCCCGGACCCUCACCGAGUGAGCGAAAUUAUUUUCUAACCCAGCUUGACCCGGCUAGGAUUCGCCGCAGCGAACUCGAUAUUCUCUAGUGAAACUCUCAGCGUUUUUCACAACAAUCAAGAAACGAAGACACAAGGCGACCCCUCUUCAUAUCUUCCGGGCCCUCACUUCUUCACUGUGGGUUUUCCGCUGAGAUUGGAAAACAUGUGUUUGACUAUCGCCAAGCUUCUGGUCUCAGGGAAAUAUCUGUGAGGUCCAUACAGGCUAACUGGAGUCACAGCAACUGAUUACAGGGUUUUGGAUGAUGUUUGUGCACGUUUGGAGCCCCAUUUCGAAGAUGUAUCUAUAUGUGUUGAUGUUAGCAGUUACUGCAGUCAAGUCCGCACCGGGCGACCUCCAGCGCGCAUUAAACGAAAGACAAGAAAAAUUCAUGAAGAGCCUAAGCCAUUUUGACAUUGUCACCCCUGCUCAAGUCAACUCAAACGGGGAUUUUAUUUCUCAUGCUAUCCAUAAAGACACAAAUGAGGACAAACUUCACUACCACGUGUUGGUGUCCGGGGAAAAACUUCAUCUUUCUCUUACACGUAAUGAUGAUUUUAUUGCACCGGGGUAUGUCUUGGAAGAAGAAGGGAGAUUCCUAUACCGCGACCGCGGCUGUCAUUUCAAAGGAAGACUAAAGGAUCAACCCGGUUCUUCUGUCUAUCUCAGCAAUUGUCGAGGAUUGGAGGGCGUAAUUCAUCGUCCGGACGGAGAUCACAUUUUCAUAGAACCUUUGCACAUGAGCAAUACCACGGAUCGUCAUCCGCACCUAGUGUAUCGGCGCUCGGCCAUGUCCGUGUCCGGGCCAGAGGAUCAGCGUCCGGGAUGUGACACCCACGAAAAGAUUUCGAUGGAAAAACGAAAACGGGAGCCAUAUCUCGAGCUGAUCAGGGAGACUGGGCAUGAGCGGCAGAGGCGCUCGGUCAGUACAGAGAGAAAUGUAGAGGUUCUUGUCGUCGCUGAUCGCACGAUGCAUGAGUUCCACGGAGCCGCCUUGGAGGAAUAUCUUCUGACGGUUAUGAAUAUGGUUAACAACAUCUACCGUGACCAAAGCAUAGGCAACGCCAUCAACAUCGUGGUUGUUAGAAUCAUCAUCCUCAAGAGGGACCUGCCGGAUUUGGAUAUCGGUCACCACGCGGGUAAUACUAUCGAGAGCUUCUGCGCGUGGGCCUCGCGUGUGAACCCGCGCUCAGACACGCACCCGAACCACCACGACGUCGCGGUUCUCGUCACAAGAAAAGAUAUCUGCAAGGGUAUAGACGAACCCUGUGGAACUCUGGGUCUAGCUCAAGUGAAUGGCAUGUGUACCAGUACAAAGAGCUGCAACGUGAACGAGGACAGCGGGUUGUCUGUGGCGUACACAAUCGCGCAUGAGAUUGGGCACAAUUUUGGCAUGCUUCACGAUGGUGACGAAAAUGACUGCAAGAGAAACGAUAACACGCCAUAUUUGAUGUCGGCAUUGCUACAGACGACAGGGAAGCAGCAGUACUGGUCCGAGUGCAGCAGAGGAUACCUGAGAAGAUUUCUCAACAAAGGAUGGGGAUGGUGUUUAAAUGACGUUCCCUCACAACACCCUAGAUUUAGGGCUACCGUCGCUCUUCCUGGAACUGUGUACGACGCUGACCACCAGUGCCGCCUGCAGUACGGCUCAAACUCCUCUCAAUGCACUGGUAUGUCGGACCCGUGUGGCACGUUAUGGUGCAAGGUCGGGAAGGCCUGUCAAUCAAAGCUAGAGCAAGCUGCUGACGGAACCUACUGUGGAAAGGAUAAGUGGUGUUUCCAAGGCCAGUGCAUCAAACAGGGCGUCAUUCCGAAAAGCGUGGAUGGCGGAUGGGGACAGUGGAGUAACUGGAGCGAAUGUUCCAGGUCAUGUGGCGGAGGCGUGUCGUCAUCGGAGAGACACUGCGACAACCCGAGGCCUAUGAACAAUGGAAAAUACUGCAUUGGGAAAUGGAGGAAAUAUCGGUUAUGCAACGUGAAGGAGUGCGCUGUGGGCUCGAUUGACUUCCGUGAGCGGCAGUGCGCAGAGUUCAACACUCGAGUCAUCAGAAACCGGAAGUGGCACUGGAAACCCAAGAUCUUGCGCAGUCGCCCGUGUGAGCUCCAUUGUUCCCCGCGUGGGGCGUACGGAAGGUUUUUCAGCAAGAAGUUCGGCGAUCACGUGGUUGACGGGACGAAAUGUUUUCCGAGCAAACGUGACGUCUGCAUCGCUGGCAAGUGUGAGUAUGUCGGCUGUGAUAACGUUCUGCACUCUAACGCUAGAGAAGACCGCUGUGGAGUGUGUCGGGGGGACGGGACCUCGUGCGAGACGGUCAAAUCCACCUUUAAUCAAACCACCGGGAUUGGCUACGUCGAGACCAAGAUCAUACCACAGGGUGCCCGUCAUAUCAAGGUGGCGGAGGUCGCAGGCGCCCCUAACUACCUUGCCCUGCGGUCAUCGUCUGGAAAGUACUACCUGAACGGGCACUGGUACAUCCAGUGGAGCGGCGAGUACCAGGCGGCUGGCACCACAGUGCGAUAUACCAGGAAGCAUAACAAGGAGACUUUCAGCGCCGAUGGCCCGACCACGUCCGACCUACACAUCAUGCUUCUUUUUCAGACUCGUAACCCCGGCAUCGAGUUCGAGUACACAAUUCCAAAGAAGACCGUUGAGGAGUUCCGCGGUUCGCUGUCGUUCAAAUGGAGAUACACGGGCUGGAUGCCAUGCUCCGCGACAUGCGGCGUGGGUACGACUCGUUCUGAGGUGGAGUGUUACGAAGAGUCUAGCGAUUCGCCGAUAGACGAGAAAUACUGUAAUGGGACAACAAGACCAGACGACCGACAGAAGACUUGCAAUGAGAACCCUUGCCCAGCAACGUGGUACCGUGGACCCUGGCAGACUUGUUCGCAGUCAUGUGACCGAGGUGUGUCUGUCCGGUCCGUCCUUUGUGUCCGGAGCAUCAAGAAUGAUGAGCAAGUGGCACUAGAAGACAAGGAGUGUGCUCGGCCAAGGCCCCUCUCGGUCAGGGCGUGCUACAAGCGACUCUGCCCUCCCCCCUGGGUAUCUGGGAACUGGACCAAGUGUUCUGCAAGAUGUGGACGAGGUAUCCAGCGGCGUGCCGUCACCUGUAAAGGCGCUGACAUCAUCCAAAAGCCAUGUGACAUUAGCUCGAGACCAGUCUCCUGGCGGCCGUGUAACGCACAAGAAUGCAUUCCCAGAAGCAUCGUACUGUUUUCAGGAGUGAGUCGUUCUAACUUCAUGCGAUCACCAAUGGACGAGCGGCUUGUAGUAAACCGCGACCAGACAGCAGAUGGCUCCCACCCCCACGGGGCAUCCCGUGGGGUGACCUGCAGGGGAGGAUUUUGUCGCAAGUGGAGAAUAGGCAGAUGGAGUAAGUGUUCCGUGCGAUGUGGGCAGGGAUUCCAGACUCGUCGUGUGUUCUGCUCAGGAUCUCGCGGCCACUGUGACCCGCGGGCUCGUCCCGCCAAACACCGGAAGUGCUCCAUGCCUCCUUGUCUCGCGUGGAAAGCCGGGCCUUGGACUAAGUGUUCGGUCAGCUGUGGGAGUGGCAUGCGGAAGCGAGUCGUCAAGUGCUAUAAUAAAGACACAGGUCGCGCAUCCAAUGGCUGUACAAAAAAGCAGAGACCUGCGCACUAUGAGAAAUGCGGCACGAAUAAAUGCCCCUCGCAAAAGAAGCACAAAGGUCCCAAGUCUAAUUGUCGUGAGGAUAAAAAGGACAAAAACUUUUGCAAACUUGUUGGAGUUCAUGGAUUUUGCAAAUUCUCUCACUGGCGAAAACGAUGUUGUCAAACGUGUUCUAGUCGGUAAUCGCUCGGCACGACACGGUAAUCCCUCGUUAAUCCUCGGCAACCACUCGACGGUAGAGUUUAUAACCGGGAGUUCUGCAUUGGACUUUGAAUUAUAUUUAUUGAAAACAACAAACCACCGCCAUGGCAACACGAGUAUGGAUUUGUUUCGUGCAAGUAGACAGCAGAAACUUAGUUUCUAGGCCAAAAACUAGGUAAAAACAUCAGACUCCAUUAGAGUAACCGAUGCGAUUAGACAAAAGUGCAGUGGCGGAUUCAAGAGGGGAGUACAAGGGGCGAAUUCAAGGGGGGAGGACAAGGGGCGAAUUCAAGGGGGGACAAGGGGCGAAUUCAAGAGGAGGUAGGGGGACGAAGAAGCCUUCUUUUCUGGCCAGCAAAUUAUUAAUAUUAUCACUUGAUGGUGUUCCUGUCUGACCGCUAAUCCCCAGUAUUUGAAAAUAGGAUUUCUAUUUCGAAUGCUUCGUUCAAAUUAGAUAUAGUCAUGAUUACAAUUAUUUAUAAUAAUUUUUA